CAUCGCCGUCGAGGCCAACACGGUUUCCCCGGAUCAGAAGAGAAGAUGUUCGCGGAUCUCGCCGAGGAUAAUUCUAUCCUCACUACCGGGGACGAGUUCGCGUGGUUCGGGGAGAUGGAGCCGACGUUGUCGACGGUGCUGGAGAGUCCGUUAUUUACAGAGACGAGUGCAGAGGACAGUGCUGACUGCAUAACCUCACUACAGCAUGCAAGACAGCAGGUGACUGCAGAAGCAGUGCUGGCUGAAAUCCCUUGGCAGUUGGAACUGGAGACACCAUGUCAGAAAUUUGAGGAGAAUGUUUUGGAUGCCACAAAGAAGUUUGAAAAGUUAAUAACUGAUAAGAAAGAACCUGGCGGGUUGCCAGCAACUGCUUUUGGGCUUGCUCACAGACUGCAAAGUCUAAGGGGCAUGAAAAUGUGACUCCUGAGGAUGGACCAUGGAUCUUGAAGUUGGAUGAUCCUAGCUUUCUUUCUGUUGUGCAACAUGCUAAGGACCAUGCUUUGCGUGAGGAAGUAUACUGCACCUAUGUAACUGUGCAUCUGGUGGUGAUUUGGAUAAUACUCCAAUAAUUGAUCAGAUAUUGAAGCUUAGAUUGGAAAAGACUAAGCUUCUCAACUACAACAACAAUGCUGAGGUAAGGAGCAUGACUUUAUUUAAGAGUUCUUUGCUUUUACAGGUGGAACUAUCUUUUAUCAGGUAAGCAUGGCAGUGAAAAUGGCAACCAUUGAUAAAGCUGAAGAACUCCUUGAGAAGCUAUGCAGUGCUUCCUGGAAUCCUGCAGUCCAAGAUAUAGAGGACCAUAAGAGUUACUCUAAAAGUCAGGGUUCAUCUGAAGCUCAUAGUUUGAACCAUUGGGAUUUGGGACAUAAACUUCGAAAGUGAGAGGCUUCAGGAAUCAAAAUACAACAUCAAUGAGGUCUGGAACGAAGAUGUCAGGUUUUACCGUGUCAAAGAUUCUUCAGGUACUCCAAUUGCAUACUUUUACUUCGAUCCAUAUUCUCAUCCAUCAGAGAAAAAGGGAGGUGCAUCGAUCGAUGAAGUUGUUUCUCGAAGUCAUGUACUGUCACAUAAUGGAUCUGCCGUGAGGUUGCCUAUUGCUCACGUGAUAUGCAAUUACACCGAACCAGCUGGGGACAAGUCAAGCUUAAUGACAUUUCGUGAAGUUGAAAACAUUAUUUUUUGCUCAAUGAAUUAAUUUUGGAGUUUUAAAUGAUUGGAAGCUAAGGAUACAGUGGUGAGCAAUUGCAACAAUCAAAUGUUUUCCCUCGCCCUCUAAAGAGACUCCAAAAUCUUCCAAACCAUUGUCUUUAACUAGAGCACAUUAUUAUUUAAAAACGUAUUAUUGAGCCACCUAAGUUACUCCUCUGUUUUUCCUCCUUUCAAAAGCAUGGUUUUAUCUCAUACUUUCAGCUAGAGCACAACUCCCCCUCCCCAUGAAGUGUGAAUGUAUCUCAUUCUUCAGUCAGCUAAGGAAACGGAAUGCUAUUUUGUGCGCAGAUGUGGAUACUUUAGUGAGCAUUGCAAAGCGUUAUCAAACUGGGGAGAGUCUCCCUGAAGACGUGUAUUUGAAGCUCCUUUCUGCAAGAACUUUUCGUGCUGGUUCUCUAAGUCUUCGUCAGGACAGUUCAAACUUCAAACUUCAUCCCUUGUUCUACCCUUGUUUUGCUAUUUUAAUGCAGUAACAAUGCUUCACCCAGAAUUGUGCUUGUGAUCUUAUUACCCUUUUUGAGACACUUUCCUCUUUUACUUCCAAUUCAUAAAUAUGAUACUGGAAC